AUGUUUCCUCCUAGAGAAGCAGAUGAUAUGUAUAUUGUGAAAAAGCGUGUUUUAUGUUACAUGAUGAUGCAUAAAUAUUUCCUGAAGAAAAUAGAUUCCAUACACAGUCACAUAGAUGCAAGUAAACAGACAAAAUACGAGAUGAAAGGGAAGGAGGAAUGGAUAAAGACAGCAAAUUGGAUGGAACUUGUCGAUUUUCAAGAUUAUAAUAAUAAUAAUGAUUGA